UCCCGGCCGCUCGCGCUUCCUGGCGCUCGGGCUCUCUCCGGAGGCUCAAGUUCUGCACAACUUCUCCCCGCUGCCCAGCGCCUCGGCCGCGGGCCCGGCCAGCUAGCUGCGCUCCUCGGCUCAGCCGUCUCGUCCACAGGGGAGGUCCUCGUGGAGCAUCUGGUGCCAAGUGGCCGCUGGCGGUCCCUCUGUGCGCCCCACCUCUCCGCUUGCCCCGGUCCCCUCGCGCGGGACGGCGGUGCCUAGGUUCUUGGCCCUUUCUCCUCUCCGGUGCGCCCGGCGCGGCGGCUGCUGCGUAACCCUCCCCGAGCCCCUCCUCUGCCAGCUCCUGGAAGCCAGUGGUGGAGACCCAGACUCCCUGAUGGUCAACGUGCGGCACCCGGGGCACUCCGGGGCCAUGUAAGCAGCUGCCCUGCAGAGAGCCUGGUGGGCAUGGACACCUUCUUCCAUUCCUUAGUGUGACCUCCCCAACACCAAACUACUAAGGCCAUCUCAGGGGUGCCUGUGCCAAGAGAGGAAGGCGGUGUCCCCAGGCCGGAGAGCCAUGCCUUUCGGCCUGAAGCUCCGCAGGACUCGGCGCUACAAUGUCCUGAGCAAGAACUGCUUUGUUACCCGGAUCCGCCUACUGGACAGCAGUGUCAUCGAGUGCACGCUGUCGGUGGAGAGCACCGGGCAGGAAUGCCUGGAGGCCGUGGCUCAGAGACUGGAACUGAGGGAGACGCACUACUUUGGUCUUUGGUUUCUCAGCAAGAGCCAGCAGGCGAGAUGGGUGGAGCUGGAGAAGCCGCUGAAGAAACAUCUGGACAAGUUUGCCAACGAGCCUCUGCUGUUCUUCGGAGUCAUGUUCUAUGUGCCAAAUGUGUCACGGCUUCAGCAGGAGGCCACAAGAUAUCAGUAUUACCUGCAAGUCAAAAAAGAUGUGCUUGAAGGACGGUUGCGGUGCUCCCUGGAGCAGGUGAUCCGGCUAGCUGGCUUAGCUGUGCAAGCUGACUUCGGAGACUAUGACCAAUUUGAUUCCCAAGAAUUCCUCCGAGAGUAUGUGCUCUUUCCUAUGGAUUUGGCCAUGGAGGAGGCUGCUCUGGAGGAGCUGACCCAGAAGGUGGCCCAGGAGCACAAAGCCCAUAGCGGGAUCCUGCCGGCUGAAGCUGAACUGAUGUACAUCAACGAAGUAGAGCGUUUGGAUGGAUUUGGACAGGAGAUCUUCCCAGUAAAGGACACUCAGGGCAACAGCAUGCACCUCGGCAUUUUCUUUAUGGGGAUUUUUGUGAGGAACAGGAUCGGAAGACAGGCGGUGAUAUACAGGUGGAAUGACAUUGGCAGUGUCACCCACAGCAAAGCAGCCAUCCUGCUGGAGCUGAUUGACAAGGAGGAGACCGCGCUCUUCCACACAGAUGAUAUUGAAAAUGCCAAGUACAUUUCUCGGUUAUUUACCACACGGCACAAAUUUUACAAACAGAACAAGAUCUGUACUGAACAGUCAAACUCUCCACCCCCGAUCAGACGCCAGCCCACCUGGAGCCGGUCCUCACUGCCAAGACAGCAGCCGUAUAUCCUGCCUCCCAUGCAUGUCCAGUGCAGUGAGCACUACUCGGAGACCCAUACUUCCCAAGACAGCAUUUUCCCCGGGAACGAAGAAGCCCUGUACUGCCGUUCUCACAACAGCCUGGACCUUAAUUACUUGAACGGCACGGUCACUAAUGGCAGCGUGUGCAGUGUUCACAGCGUCAACUCCCUCAGCUGCUCCCAGAGCUUCAUCCAGGCCUCUCCAGUGUCCUCCAACCUCAGCAUCCCUGGGAGUGACAUCAUGAGGGCCGAUUACAUCCCCAGCCACCGCCACAGCACCAUCAUCGUGCCGUCUUACAGGCCAACCCCAGAUUACGAGACAGUCAUGCGGCAGAUGAAGAGGGGGCUGAUGCACGCGGACAGCCAGAGCCGGUCUCUGCGUAACCUCAAUAUCAUCAACACCCAUGUCUAUAACCAGCCCGAGGAACUGGUGUACAGCCAGCCCGAGAUGCGGGAGAGGCAUCCCUACACGGUCCCCUAUGCACCCCAGGGGGGCUACGGUCACAAACUCGUCAGUCCGUCUGACCAGAUGAACCCCCAGAAUUGUGUGAUGCCUAGCAAGCCAGGGGCCAGCUCCAUCUCACACACAGUGAGCACUCCAGAACUAGCCAACAUGCAGCUCCAAGGAGCUCAACACUAUAGCACAGCCCACAUGCUCAAGAACUAUCUCUUCAGGCCACCACCCCCUUACCCUAGGCCCCGCCCUGCUACCAGCACCCCAGACCUCGCCAGCCACCGCCACAAGUAUGUCAGUGGCAGCAGCCCUGACCUGGUAACUCGGAAAGUGCAGCUGUCCGUAAAGACCUUCCAGGAGGACAGCUCUCCUGUGGUCCAUCAGUCUCUGCAAGAGGUGAGCGAACCCCUCACAGCCACUAAGCACCAUGGCGGUGGCAGCGGCGGCGGCAGCACAGUGAAUAAACGCCACAGCCUGGAAGUGAUGAAUAGCAUGGUGCGAGGCAUGGAGGCCAUGACGCUGAAGUCACUCAACAUCCCCAUGGCUCGCCGCAACACGCUUCGGGAGCAGGGCCCUUCCGAGGAGGCAGGUGGCCACGACGUGCAUGGGCUCCCCCAGUAUCACCACAAGAAGACAUUCUCAGACGCCACCAUGCUAAUCCAUAGCAGUGAGAGCGAGGAAGAGGAGGAGACCCCGGAGGCAGCUCCGCAGAUUCCUGUGCUUCGGGAGAAAGUGGAAUACAGUGCCCAGCUGCAGGCCGCCCUGGCCCGCAUUCCCAACAGGCCGCCCCCUGAGUACCCAGGGCCGAGAAAAAGUGUCAGUAACGGGGCACUGAGACAGGACCAGGGGAUCCCCCUUCCUGCCAUGGCCAGGGCCAGGGUGCUGAGACACGGACCAGCCAAGGCCUUCAGCGUCUCCCGGGCUGAGCAGCUAGCAGUCAACGGCGCCUCUCUGGGUCCCUCCAUCUCUGAGCCUGAUCUAACCAGCGUGAAGGAGCGGGUCAAGAAAGAGCCUGUGAAGGAAAGGCCGGUGUCAGAGAUGUUCUCCCUGGAGGACAGCAUUAUAGAGAGAGAAAUGAUGAUUAGGAAUCUAGAGAAGCAGAAGAUGACGGGCCCGCAGGCGCAGAAGAGACCGCUGAUGUUGGCAGCACUGAAUGGGCUCUCAGUGACCCGAGUGUCGGGGCGGGAAGACGGUCGCCAUGAUGCCACCCGAGUCCCCAUAGACGAGAGGCUCAGAGCCCUGAAGAAGAAGCUGGAAGAUGGAAUGGUGUUCACAGAGUAUGAGCAGAUUCCCAACAAGAAGGCCGAUGGCAUCUUCAGCACUGCCACUCUGCCCGAAAACGCCGAGCGCAGCCGGAUCCGAGAAGUGGUCCCUUAUGAGGAGAAUCGAGUGGAGCUCAUCCCGACCAAAGAAAACAAUACAGGCUACAUCAACGCCUCCCACAUCAAGGUGGUGGUCGGCGGAUCAGAAUGGCACUACAUCGCCACCCAGGGGCCCUUGCCACACACAUGCCAUGACUUCUGGCAGAUGGUGUGGGAGCAGGGGGUGAAUGUGAUCGCCAUGGUCACUGCAGAGGAGGAAGGAGGACGGACCAAAAGCCAUCGAUACUGGCCCAAACUGGGGUCCAAGCACAGCUCGGCCACCUACGGCAAGUUCAAGGUCACCACAAAGUUCCGGACAGAUUCUGGUUGCUAUGCGACCACGGGCCUAAAGGUGAAGCACCUGCUGUCCGGGCAGGAGAGGACCGUGUGGCACUUGCAGUACACGGACUGGCCUCACCACGGCUGCCCAGAAGAUGUCCAAGGAUUUUUAUCCUACUUGGAGGAAAUCCAGUCCGUCAGACGCCACACCAACAGCGUACUGGAAGGCAUCAAGACCAGGCACCCCCCCAUCGUGGUUCACUGCAGUGCCGGGGUGGGGAGGACCGGCGUGGUGAUUCUCUCUGAGCUCAUGAUCUACUGCCUAGAGCAUAAUGAAAUGGUGGAAGUGCCUACGAUGCUGCGGUUCCUCCGGGAGCAGAGGAUGUUCAUGAUCCAGACCAUCGCGCAGUACAAGUUCGUCUACCAAGUCCUCGUCCAGUUCCUGCAGAACUCCAGGCUCAUUUGAUGCCCUCCUCCAGGAUGCAGCUUCUGGAGGAGAGGGACCCAGCUCUGUCCUGCAGGGGGCACCACUUUCAGACAACAUCUGCCUCCCCAGCCGGAGGCGGAUAGCUGGCCGCAGGCGGGAGCCAGAGUUACUUACAAACAUCAUGUAUUAUUUUAUAUGAGAUAAUUUAUUUUUUUCCCUCUUUGGAAUAAGUUCUGUGAGUUAUUAUAAUGCUUUUUUUUUUCACGAUAAUAUAGUGCUUCUCAUUUGAACCACACGUUGACUGAUCUGCAGUGUAAGCCUCGGGGGAGCGAAGGUGGUGGCCCCGCGGGACAUUUUAGACACAGAGGCAUAAAGAGAAACCACCUCUAGUGAAGCUGCAGACAGAUGGAUAAGGUCCCCAGUCAAGAGUGGCGAGAGAAAGAAUUCAUCCUUAGCUGGAAGGGAGAGAGUCAAGGUCUUUGAGAAUGUCCCUUUCCACACGGGCUUCCUGCACCUCCCUGGGUGCUUGCUUUUUUCUCCUGGACUUCCGCCCUCACCCUCAGAGAUCCUUCUCUCGCUAAGCCCAGGUGAGAGGCGGGAUUGGCUGGAGAGCAGGGUGCCUCGAAGGGUGGUGAUGCCAUCUUUGGGAAGUGGGGGCACUGCUGUCUUUUCUCUCACCCCUUCUUCUGGCUCCAAAGUCUGACACAGUGAUGGACGUUGGGGCUGGGUACCUGCUGCUUUGUCUCACAACACUGUAGCCUUUGCCUGUACAGCUCAGCCCUUUGCCUGAUUGUGAGAAGAUAACACACCAGGGUGGGAAUGGAAUUGGGGUGUGGUGUAGAUUCUUAUCAACACAACGUUGAGUGUGUCGGAUGGCGACGUAGAAGAUGAAGUUUAGGUGCACUUAGGUCCAUCUUCCUAUCCGUCCCUAAGUUGUUAGAAGGGUCUUAAGGAAACUCACACCUGGGAGCUGUCUGGCACUUAGUAGGACCCUGCCCGGCAGGCACACACCCGUGUCCAACUCACUGUGUGCUGCUUGAUUCUAGGCUGUAUCUGAUGAGGGCUGAGUUGGUUCCUCUUAGGGCUUCCUUGUCCUGAGGCGGGGUUCCUGGGUGAUCUUGACUUAGCUGUGUAGCUAAGAGGAUGGCUCCUAAUCUCUACGUCUCUCCAUCCCAGGCGCUGGGAUUUCAGGUGCGUCCUACCACAUACGGGCCACCAUGGCCCCUUGUAAUGAAUGCUAAGACUGUCUCUUCCAAAACCUUCCACGGCUUCCCUUUCCUGUGGAACCCAGUCGGGUCAGUGAUGGCCACGUUCGAUUUCAAGCCCAGUUUUUUUCUGCCUGUGUCUAAUUUUUCUUAGAGUGUAAUUUUCUAAACUGUGUGCUGGUGGAACUGACCUUGUCAGGUCUUCCUCCACAGUUAACAUUGCCCCUUUUUCCUGAGACCAAACAGAAAGUGUGUGUCUUUGUGGCUUCUGUCCCCACCCACCAGUGAAUGCGGAUGACAGCAGAUUCUCCAUUUAACUCCUCUGGAAGAUGAGCCAAGCCGUCUUCCCCCUGGGCCGGGGCGGUGCUGGUGCUGAUGCUGCUAUGGCAUCUGUGGGUUCAGAGUCUGUAGAGGAGGGGCUUCCAGCUUCCCUUCCACCGUGCAGAUUGCAUCAGGGACCUAUGUGUGCAAGCCUUGUGGACCUGGCGUACUGUGUAAGUUCCGUCAUGGGUAUUUGGGGGAAAUGUUAAGAGUAUCAAGGGUGGGAAGUCUCUUUUACUUGCUUUGACGAUGUUUCCCCUUUACGUGUCCUGACGGUCGGUCCCACUUACGCUUUCAUUAUGUAAUGAAGAUCGCUGAUCCUCUCCUGUUGUCUCUAAGCUUUAGUAGGUCAGAAUGUCUCCCAUGGGCAGCAAGGAGGUAAUGACGUCCCUUUGAACUGGUCACUCGGGCUGUUUCUACCCUAUGUUAGCAGAACAAGGUACAGGGAAGAUGUCAGUUCGCUACCCAACUUCCUAGCCAACACAUGAUGAGACCCAAAGGAAAACAUUUAAGUGUCCCACACGUGCACGUAUUCCAUUCUCAAACACCAUUGCUUAUUCCGAAUUCCUUUCCCGUUCCCCCUGUAAGUCCCUGUGGGUCUCUGGUUAAAUUAUCAUCAGGCAUUUAAAGUGGCAUCUGCAUAAUAAUUGCCCAGAGAUGCUUUCUAUCUGGGAAGCGAGCCAAGGAAUAAACCUUGAAGCAAAGUGUAUUAAAUUAGUUAUCUGGUUAGGCCUUUUGGAAAGGUACCCUAUGAUGCAUGGGGACGAGAGGUGGAGUUGCCAGGGCCCAUUGCCACAGUUUGGAUCUGAAGGAGGGGGAAAUUAAAACAGGAGCCAGUAAGACAUCCCAUCUCACAGCAGAGCAGUGGACUGCUUGCCGGCUGGCCCAGGCGUUGAGGUUUUCCAGUGAAACCGCUCUUUUUUACUUACACUCAUCUUCCUACGUCUACCUUUGUCCUGGUUCGGGGGUCUCUGUAUCCUGGCUGCUUAACAGGGUGUCUUCAUUCCUGAGAUUGGUAGUUGCGUUAAGAGUGAGCCUGUGGACUGUCUGGCUGAGCCGUGGCUGGCUGGUCUUAGGAGGCUCUGCAGUGACUUCAGGUGGAAUCCCAGGGGCAUCCCACAUCCCGCAAAUGCUUCUUUCUUCAGUAAGAAGUAGAGGAGAAAACAGUGUUGGGCAUGUAGGUCGCUCUACUCAGGUGAAGACGGGCUCCUCUGCUCACUUGGAGUUGAGCCGCAGAUACCGGGGAGGACCACAUCAUGUAACAAGAGUUGAUUUAAUGCUUUCCCUUUGGGAGACUUUCGCUGCUAUGAGAGAGGGAUUAGUCACGGUUAGAAGCAAGCUGUCAUCCCGUCCCCCCAGCACCCACCCAAGUCUUCAGCAGUCUUGGGCUCUCUCAGCCACCUCCACGUCAGGACAUGGUCCUCAGGGACACAACCAGCAGCUCCUAAGCAAGCCUUACCCUGCCCUCUCUCAGCCUCCGCUUUCAGCAGCUACCUCCUGCCAGUCAGCAUUCUCCUAUCUUCUCUAGUUUCCCAUAGAUUGACCUGUAGUGAAUUUCCAGACAGACUGAAUACAUAAUAAUUGUUUCUUCCCUAGUCCCAGAAGGAUGUGACGCCAUUUGUCUUUUCUACAAUUAAGCUAGUGGACACAGAACUGGUUCUUUUGUGACCUUGCUAUCUGGCUGUGCUGGUCUUGCAUCUGGUUGGGCUGGGAGGCGCCCCUGAAUACUGACAGGCAGGGUCGAUGGACGUGUUGCUGUGUAGUCUUCUGCCACUUCCUGGACGCUCAGGCCAGACCCUGUCGACUACCAGCUGCAGUCAGUAAGCACCCCGUGCCUUCUAGGUUGCCCCAUUUCUAGUGGCAUGUCUGAUGGAGAGAGCAAAUUUAGUGUAUUAAUUAACGCUUGGAGAAGAUGUACCUGUUACCUGAGGUGGAGAGGGCAAGAAUACCGGGGCAUUCUAGAAUAAACUCAAGGAACAUGAUUAGCCCUGACCCCUGCUCAUAAUAAUUUAUUCAUUUCUUCUCAGUAUUAGAAAUGAGCUGUCCAGGGAGAGCCUGGUCACUGCCGUCCGGCCCUCAGCUUCUGCAUUUACCAAAGAUUCUGACGCUGCUGCAUCUCGCUGGCUCUCCAGCCAGGCAGCCGGCGGCAGCCAAAUUCUCAUUCAGUGUUCUCCCUCCA